AGGAAAUCAAUUGCUUCAAUUUGGACUUACUCAGUUUACUAUGGCAAGGAGUCCUCCGCAUGGAGUUUUCAGACAGGCAGUUAGCUAUGACUCAGGGGAAGUAUGUCAGAGGAGAGGUCUGGGGAGAUAUUCAAAGUCCUGCAAGCGGAUGCAAUUGUUUAGGGGAAGAGUGAAGGAGAAGAGAAGAGAGCCUGAAACUAAACCGGGAGGAAUCCAGCAUUUAGAAGUCUGGCAGGCAAAGAGGACAAGGUGUAAUAUCUGGUUGCUGUUGCCAUUCUGCCACCAAGAAACCUGAUGACUUCAUUUGGGCCUCUUCAACCAGCUGCCCCUAAAGCUAGCAAGCUCCACCCUUCAGUGUCCACUGAUAAAUUCCUUAAUAGCAGAGUGUCAAUGAAGACCUCAAAGUCUGGAGAAAAAUGACCUUUCAUGGAAUAAGAAGUAUACCUCCUUCUACAUGUUUUUGUCUUACUGACCUCUGAUAACUGGAACACGUGACUCUGGGUCUGUAGAAAGUCAACUGAUCAAACUCAUCCUCACCAUGCAUCAACUGUUCAGACUGGUUUUGGGACAAAAAGAUCUUUCACGAGCUGGGGACCUCUUCUCCUUAGAUGACUCUGAGAUUGAAGACAGCCUGACAGAAGCUUUGGAGCAAAUUAAGAUAAUUAGCUCAUCUUCAGAUUACCAAACCAAUAACAAUGACCAGGCAGUAGUUGAAAUCUGUAUCACAAGAAUCACAACAGCCAUCAGAGAGACCGAGUCCAUUGAAAAGCAUGCAAAGGCCCUUGUGGGGCUCUGGGACUCCUGCUUGGAACAUAACCUGAGACCCUUUGGGAAAGACGAAGACACUCCUCAUGCAAAAAUUGCAUCUGAUAUCAUGAGUUGCAUUUUACAGAAUUACAACCGACCCCCAGUGAUGGCAUUAGCCAUCCCCAUUGCAGUGAAAUUCCUCCACAGAGGCAACAAGGAUCUGUGCAGGAAUAUGUCUAACUACCUGUCUCUGGCUGCAAUUACCAAGGCAGAUCUCCUGGCUGAUCACACAGAAGUUAUAGUAAAGAGCAUACUCCAAGUUUGAAGAACUGCAUUUCCGUGCUUCUGGUCACCUGUUCAACUACCAACUGUGGAGAUCUUAUCUCUGUGUACUGAGUGGAACACGUCACUCAGUGGGGUAUGAAAAACCUGUCUUCAUUUGGUUCCAAAAGCAAGAAAUGUCUUUUGUUAGAUAAAAUACAUCAGAAAAUGUGUAAUGACUUCUUAAAUGUGAACAUGAUUUGGAUAACAAGCAUAAAUACUAGCAUAAAAAGCCAAAUAGUACACCUCUGUUAAUUGUUACAACAUUUGAAUGAAUGAGAAGCUCAAAUUAGUUCAUGCAAAAUAUUCUCCUUGUCUUCUUUUAUUAUCUUUGGUUUCAGAUCAAUCAAAAAACAUGUUUUUGAACUUGGAGUCAGAGAACAAUAUAUGAUAUUAAUUGAUGUGCAUCCAAAUGUCCCCAGUUCUCAUUAAUAAAGAUGCAUGAGGUCCAUGAGUAUCUCAGCCCACAGUUUACUGCCAUAACCCACCACAUGAUAAGGUUGAUCGUCAACCCUCUGUAAAGUGCUCACAGUCCAAUUAAUUCUUAGGGUCCCCAAGGGUGUCCUAUGUGUGCUCUCUUCCCAAGGUAUCCAGACCAAUCCCCAAGCCCAUACUGCUAUUUUGUCCAUGCUUCCUGGCAUAGCAUGGUAGGGUGCUGUCCUCUUCCACCAUGAGAGCCCAGCAGACCCUAAGGCCACUGCCAUGCAGGUCCCAGGAAUGGACUCCACUCCUGGGAACUGCGUGCUGCCCUGCCAGUGACGGCAGUCUUUGUGCUGAACCACUUGAAGCUUUAGGAACAACCAAGUCCUUAGCCCAGUAAUUCAGUGUGGCAGCCUGUGGCAGGAUGGGAAAGAACACUAGCCUUUCUCCUCAGUAUUACACCUUGGUAGAGAGGCCCCAGAGCAGUGCCAAACUGAGUUGCCAUGUUUGCAGUAAAAUAGAUGGUUUUUCAGUAGAACAGAACAGAGAACCCAGAAAUAAAGCUGCACACCUAGAGCCACCAUCUGAUCUUUGACAAAUUCAACAAAAAUAAUCAGUGGGGGAAGGACUCCCUAUUCAACAAAUGGUGCUAGGAUAACUGGGUAUCUAUAUGCAGAGGAAUAAAACUGGACAACUAUCACCAUAUACAAAAAUUAACUCAAAAUGGAUUAAAGACCUAAAUGCAAGACCUCAAACUAUAAAAGUCCUCAAGGAAAACCUAAGAAAUACCCUUCUUGACAAUAGCCUUGGCAAUAAAUUUAUGGCUAAGUCCUUAAAAGCAAUUAUGACAAAAACAAAAACUGACAAGUGGGACCUAAUUGAACUAGAGAGCUUCUAGACAGCAGAAGAAAUUAUCAACAGAGUCAACAGACAACCUACAGAAUGGGAGAAAAUUUUUGCAAACUAUGCAUCUGAAAAAGGUCUAAUAUCCAGAAUCUAUAAGGAACUUAAGCAAUUCAACAAGCAAGAAACAAAUAACCCCAUUAAAAAGCGCAAAUCAAAAAGUUAGAAAGAUCUCAAUUUAACAACCUAACAGCAUAACUAAAAGAACUAGAGAACCAAGAGGAAACCAAGUCCAAAGCUAGCAGAAGGCAAGAAAUAAUCAAAAUCAGAACUGAGCUGAAGGCGAUUAAGACACAAAUAAAUUUAAAAGAUCAACAAAUCCAGGAGCUAGCUAGACUAAUAAAGAAGGUAAUAGAGAAGCUCCAAAUAAACACAACCAGAAACAACAAGGUGAUAUUACUAUUGACCCCACAGAAAUACAAACAACCAUCAGAAGAUAUUAUGAACACCUCUAUACACAUUAACUAGAAAAUCUAGAGGAAACUAAUACAUUCCUGGGCACAUACACCCUUAAGACCUAACCAGUAAGAAAUUGAAUCCCUGAACAGACCAAUAAUGAGCUCUGAAAUUGAAUCAGUAAUAAAUAGUCUACCAAUCACAAUAAGCUUGGGACCAGAUAGAUUCACAGCUGAAUUCUACCAGAUGUACAAAGAAGAGCUGGUACCAUUCCUGCUGAAGCUAUUCCAAAAAAUUGAGGAGGAGAGUCUCCUCCCUAACUCAUUCUAUAAGGCCACCAUCAUCCUGAUACCAAAAUCUGGCAGAGACACAACAUAAAAAGAAAACUUCAAGGCAAUAUCCUUGAACAUUGAUGCAAAAACUCUCAACAAAAUACUGGCAAAACAAAUCCAGCAGCACAUCAAAAAGCUUAUCAAUCAUGAUCAAGUAGGCUUUAUCCCUGGGAUGCAAGGUUGGUUGAACAUAUGCAAAUCAAUAAAUGUGAUUCAUCACAUAAACACAACUAAAGACAAAUCCAAUAGAUGCAGAUAAGGCUUUUGAUAAAAUUCAACACCGCUUCAUGUUAAAAAUUCCCAAUAAUCUAGGUAUUGAAGAAGGAUACCUCAAAAUAGUAAGAGCCAUCAAUGGCAAACCCACAGCCAACAUCAUACUGAAUGGGCAAAAGCUGGAAACAUUACCACUGAAAACUGGCACAAGACAAGGACGCCCUCUCUCACCACUCCUAUUCAACAUAGUGUUGGAAAUCCUGGCCAGAGCAAUCAUGAAAGAGAAAGAAAUAUAGCACAUCCAAAUAGGAAGAGAGGAAGUCAAACUAUCCCUAUUUGUAGAUGACAUGAUCCUAUAUCUAGAAAAUGCCAUAGUCUCAGCCCAAAAUUUCCUUAAGCUGAUAAACAACUUCAGCAAAGUCUCAGGAUACAAAAAUCAAUGUACAAAAGUCACUAGCACUCCCACACACCACCAGCAGCCAAGCUGAGAGCCAAAUCAGAAAUGCAAUCCCAUUUACAACUGCCACACACACACACAAAUAAAAUACCUAGGAAUCCAGCUAACCAGGGAGUUGAAAGAUCUCUAUAAGGAGAACUGCAAAACAUUCCUCAAAGAAGUCAGAGAUGACACAAACAAAUGGAAAAAUAUUCUAUACUCAUGCAUAGGAAGAAACAAUAUCAUUAAAAUGGCCAUGCUGCCCAAAGUAAUUUAUAGAUUCAAUAUUAUUCCUAUUAAACUACUAAUGACAUUCAUCACAGAACUAGAAAAAAUAUUUUAAAAUUCAUAUGGAAACAAAAAAGAGCCUGAAUAGCCAAGGCAAUCCUAAGCAAAAAGAACAAACCUGGAGGCAUCACACUAUCUGACUUCAAACUGACUUCAAAUAGGGAUAUAGUAAGCAAAACAGCAUGGUACGGGUACAAAAACACACGCAUAGACCAAUAGAACAGAAUACAGAACCAGAAAUAAGGCUACACACCUACAACUAUCUAAUCUCUGAAAAAGCUGACAAAAACAAGCAAUGGGCAAAAGACUACCUAUUCAAUAAAUGGUGCUGGAAUAACUGCCUAGUCAUAUGCAGAAGAUUAAAACUGGACCCCUUCCAUAUACCACAUACAAAAAUUAACUUAAGAUGGAUUAAAUACUUAAAUGUAAAACCCAAAACUAUAAAAACGCUGGAAGACAACCUAGGCAAGACCAUUCUGGAGAUAGGAAUGCGCAAAAAUUUCAUGAAGAAGAUACCAAAAGCAAUUGUAACAAAGGCAACUGCAACAAAAGCAAAAAUUGACAAAUAUGAUCUAAUUAAACUAAAGAGCUUCUGCACAGCAAAAGAAACUAUCAACAGAGUGAACAAUCUAGAGAAUGAAAGGAAAUAUUUGCAAAGUAUGCAUCUGACAAAGGUCUAAUAUCCAACAUCUAUAAGAAACUUAAAGAAAUUUACAAGAAAAAAAAUUACAAAGUGGGCAAAGGACAUGAAAAGACACUUUUCAAAAGAAGACAUACAGGCAGCCAGCAAUCAUGAAAAAAACUCAACAUUACUGAUCAUUAAAGAAUGCAAAUCAAAACCACAAUGAGAUACCAUCUCACACCAGUAUAUUAUUAAAAAAUAACAGCUAUUGGCAAGGUUGUGGAGAAAAAGGAAUGCUUAUACACAGUUAGUGGUGGUUUGUCCUCAAAAACCUAAAAACAGAACUACGAUCAACUCGGCAAUCCCAUUACUGGGUAUAUACCCAAAGAAAUAUAAAUUGUUCCAUCAUAAAGACACAUGCACACAUAUGUUCAUUGCAGCACUAUUCACGUUAGCAAAGACAUUGGAAUCAACCUAAACGCCCAUCAAUCAUAGACUGGCUAAAGAAAAUGUGAUACCUAUACACCAUGGAAAACUAUGCAGCCAUAAAAAAGAGCAAGAUCAUGUCCUUUGCAGGAACUUGGAUGGAGCCAGAGGCUAUUAUCCUUAGCAAGUUAACACAGGAACAGGAAACCAAAUGCCACAUGUUGUCACUUAUAAGUGGGAGCUAAAUUAUGACAAUACCUGGACACAUACAGAGGAACAAAAGAUACUGGGGCCUAUUGGAGGGUGAAGGGUGGGAAAAGGGAGAGGAUCAAGAAAAGUAACUAACGGGUACUGGGCUUAAUACAUGGGUAAUAAAAUAAUCUGUACAACAAACCCCCAUGACACAAGUUUACCUAUAUAAAAAAACUGCCUAUGUACCCCUGAACUUAAAGAAAAAAAAAGGCGGCAAAGGACAUGAACAGACAUUUCUCAAAAGAAGACAUAAAAGCAGUCAACAAGUAUAUGAAAACAUGCUCCACAUCACUAAUCCUCAGAGAAAUGCAAAUCAAAAUCACAAUGAGAUACCAUCUCAUACCAGUCAAAAUGUCUGUUAUUAAAAAUUCAGAAAACAAUAGAUGUUGGCAAGGCUGCAGAGAAAAGAGAAUGCUGAUACACUAUUUGUGGGAAUGCCCAUCAGUUCAGCCACUGUGGAAAGCAGUUUGGUGAUUUCUCAAAGAAGUUAAAAUAGAACUGUUAUUUGACCCAGCAAUUCUACUACUGGGUAUAUAUACCCAAAGGAAAAUAAAUCCUUCUACCAAAAAGACACAUGUACUCAUAUCUUCAUUGCAACACUAUUUACAAUAGCAAAGACAUGGAAUUAACCUAGGUGCCCAUCAACAGUGGAUUGGAUGAAGAAAAUGUGGUAUAUAUACACCAAGGAAUACUAUGCUACCAUAAAUAAGAACAAAAUCAUGUCCUUUGCAGCAACGUGGAUGCAGCUAGAGGCCAUUAUCCUAAGCUAAUUAAUGCAGAUACCACAUGUUUUCACUUAUAAGUGGGAACUAAUCAUUGGGUACAUGUGGACAUAAAGAUGGGAAUGAUAGACACUGGGGGACUGAAAGAAGGGUAGGAAGAGAGGGACAAGGAUAGAAAAACUACUUAUUGGGUACUGUGCUCACUGCCUGUGUGAUGGAUUCAAUUGUACCCCAAACCUCAGCAUCAUGCAAUAUAGCCUUGUAAGAAACCUGCACAUGUACCCUUGACUCUAAAAGUUGAAAAACUAAAAUAAAAUAGAUUAUUGUUUUACCUAAA